AGAGAAUUGGAACAUGAUUUUAAGCGUCCGUGUUGAGUUCUUAAAAACUACAACUACCAAAGGCUCACGGGCUCCUGGGUGGUUUCUCAUUUCCUUGGAGUGAAACGUCUGUGUUUGAGUCUAAGGGAUCACCUCGACUGGCCGUCAAGCCCAGCAUCGCCCCAGUCAUUUGGUCCAACUGGUGAUAAGAUGGGGACCAGCCAGUCUGUGUGCUUUCCGCCUGUCUCCGGACCCCACCUUGUAGGCUGUGGGGAUGUGAUGGAGGGGCAGAGUCUCCAGGGAAGCUUCUUUCGACUCUUCUACCCCUGCCAAGAGGCAGGGGCGAACCUGGAGCAACCCCUGUGGAUUCCCCGCUAUGAGUACUGCACUGGCCUGGCUGAUUUCCUGCAGUUUAAUAAGCGCUGGGUGGGGUUGCUGUUCAACUUGGCUGUGGGAUCUUGUCGCCUGCCUGUUAGCUGGAAUGGCCCCUUUAAGACAAACGACUCUGGAUACCCCUUGAUCAUCUUCUCCCAUGGCCUAGGAGCUUUCAGGACAUUGUAUUCAGCCUUCUGCAUGGAGCUGGCCUCCCGUGGCUUUGUGGUAGCUGUGCCAGAGCACAGGGACCAGUCAGCUGCUGCUACCUAUUUCUGCAAGCAGGCCCCAGAAGAGAACCAGCCCACCAGUGAGUCACUGGAGGAGGAAUGGAUCCCCUAUCGUCAGAUUGAGGACGGGGAGAAGGAAUUCCACGUUCGAAAUCCCCAGGUACACCAGCGGGUGAAGGAGUGUGUUCACGUGCUGAGGGUUCUGCAGGAAGUCAAUGCAGGGAAGACUAUCCACAACAUCUUGCCUGGGGGGUUGGAUCUGAUGACCUUGAAGGGCAGCAUCGACAUGAGCCGCGUGGCUGUGAUGGGACAUUCAUUUGGAGGGGCCACAGCUGUUCUGGCUUUGGCCAAGGAGCCCCAGUUUCGGUGUGCUGUGGCCCUGGAUGCUUGGAUGUUUCCUCUGGAACGGGACUUUUAUCCCAAUGCCCAUGGCCCUGUGUUCUUUAUCAACGUUGAGAAGUUCCAGACAGUGGAGAGCGUCAACUUGAUGAAGAAGAUAUGUGCCCAGCACAAACAAUCCAAGAUCAUAACUGUCCUUGGCUGCAUCCAUCGGAAUCAAACUGACUUUGCUUUUGUGACUGGCAAUUUAAUUGGCAAAUUCUUUUCCGCUCAAAUGCGUGGCAGCUUGGACCCCUACCAAGGUCAGGAGAUCAUGGUACGGGCCAUGUUGGCUUUCUUGCAGAAACACCUCGACCUGCAAGAGAACUAUGACCAGUGGGACAACCUCAUUGAAGGCAUCGGACCAUCGCUUACCCCAGGGGCCCCACACCAUCUGUCCAGUCUAUAGGCACAACUGGCUGCUAGGAAAAGGUUACAUGCACUGAGUUUCCAUUUGGCGGCCACCUAGAAGCACCCAUACCCUAUCAGGAAGUAAUCAGCAUGACCAUUUUGCACAGAUUAAGAGGAUGUAAUCCCACUGCUGAUUGGAUGUGACUGGGUAUUCUAAUUUUGGACUUGAUGUUAAAUCUACACUGGGACUGAUCACUUGUUGAUUGGCAAACUGAGUGAGGCCUGAACCCUGAUGGUGUGAGGAACAAGUAGUGGGUUGGGACUGGAAGUGCCCCAGACCGCAAGCUGAGCUGGUGAGACCUGGAGUGAAGACAAUCUGGUGGGCCUGGUGGGCCUGCUCCCUCACUGUGUGCCAGGGUUGCUGCUUUAGCAGAAAUGAGAAGCCAGGGGACAGAGUGAAAAAUCUUUGAUGGCCUGGCCUGGCCUGGCCCUCUUUCUUCCUGCCCCUCAGCCUUCUCCCUUGAAAGGGCCAUUUGCUGAAAUAUGAGCACUUCUUAGGUGACUUUCUAGGUUAUGGACUGUCAUCACUUUUGCCAUUUACUUUUAAGUGUUCCCAUUGCAACAAACAUAGCCUCGGUCACUUAGUACUGGUGACAUGAGUCCAUGGGAUGCAGACAGUAUUGUUCUCAUGGCACAGGGAGAGACACAGGCCCAAAGAUGCUGAGCUACCUCAGGAGCUCUUGGGUGUCUGGGUUUUUGCCAAAAGUAUAUCCUGACAGGAAACAGCACGAGUAGGCUGAGAUGGCCAGUAGAUAACGGUGCUCUCAGUGGCCAUCCACACAGGCCUUUGCCACAAGGGGAGAACUCAGGACCACUGCUUAGAGAGGUCUGGGAUCAGCUUGGUCCUACCUCCUAUCUCAGAUGCCAUGAACCCCAACUUACUUAGCAUUGGGGUGCCUUUGUUAUCUGUUCUUUUGCUCUGAGAGUCUUGGCCCAAAUUUAAGCCCGGAUACUAGAUUUGCAUUCUGUUCCAUUUAUAAUCUAAGUGCUAUUGAUCCUCAUGUUUGCCUGAUGAUAUGUUAGAAUAUUUUCUCUAUUUAAUCUGCAUUAGAGCAAGAUGGGGAGCCAUCUGGAAGUGGCUUUUCCUUCUGUCUUUCUUUGUUCACUAACCACUCUGUGAAAAAAAUCUUUAGAAAGAAAGGAACUCUUCCUCGAGAUGUAGUUCAAAGCUGGAUGGGGAUUCACCUUAGACUUCAAGACUUCUCACUUUAGUGCAAGGAAGGGGACCCCAGAAGAGGCAGGAACAAAAGGGAAGUGUGCGCCUGCAUAGUAGUUCAAGCUUAGGCCCCCAAAGCAACAGGAAGACCUGUGAUUUCCAGUGAGACAAAGGGUCAGGAUGUUAUCAUUACAGCCCUGGGUUCUGGAGUUAGAUGGUCGGGUUCUGAGUCCUGGUUCCACUGAUGCCAACUUCGUAAGUCUGAACAAAUGAUAUUCUUCUCCAGUCUCAAUUUCUGCAUUUCUAAAAUGAGAGUCUACUUGUGAAUAGUGGGGAGGAUUAAGUGAGAGGUUAUUUAACCUAUGGGUUAUUAAAAUGUAUGUUUUCUAUUUUCCAAAUACAGGAGGGUUCUCUAAAUUAUAGUUGCUAUUUUCUAGAUGAAUUGCUUUGUGGUCAGAGGAAAUGACCCAUAUGAUUUCCAUCCUUCAAGAUUUACCUUAAUUGUUGGCCCAGUGUGAUGUUGAUUUUGUAAAUGUUCCAUGUAUACUUAAAAAAUGUGUCUACUCUGAA